GAAUUUGGCUGCAACUCCACCUCUUCGACGUCCGUCGGUAGCGGAAGCUGCGCGUAUUGGAGGCGCAAAGCCUUCGGACCGGUGGCAGACAUGGAGUGCAUCCGGCUUUUGAGGCACCGGCUGCGGCCUGGCGUGCACUUUUUCUUUGGCAGGCGGUUUUGCUGCAACUGCAGCCGCCGCUAUGGUCCGCUCCUGGGAGGGAGCUCGUGGCGCUUUCCAAGCGGGGCGCCGCAGGGGUGCGGAUCGGACAAAUGCCGGUGGCGCAGAAGUGGCGGACAGACCUUACUUUGCGCACAUGCUCUUUCACAGCACAGCAGUACAGAGGUGACUCAGGCUACUUUAGCCAGUGUGGCACCAGUGUUUUCAGUGAUGAAAUUUGAUAAAGAAGGCAAUGUUACCACCUAUGAAAGAAAUAAAACAGAAUUAUAUCAGGAACUAAGUCUUCAAGCACGAGAUCUACGGUUUCAACAUCAAGUAAAUAUAACACCCAGGAACAACAAAAUUAUUAUGAGAAUGGAGUUUUUGAAGGCUGUGAUAACACCAGAGUAUCUUCUAAUCCUAGACUAUCGCAAUACAAAUCUGGAAAAAUGGCUGUUCCAAGAACUGGCAUCUCAACUAGCUGGAGAAGGUCAACUAGUUACAUAUUCUUUGCCUUUUGAAUUCCGAGCUAUUGAAGCAAUGCUGCAAUAUUGGAUCAGCUACCUGAGUGGCAAACUUAGCCAUCUGCAGCCUCAAAUUCUUGAAACUCUGAAUGCUUUAGUGGAUCCUAAGCUUUUGUCCCUGGAUAGGAGUAAAGUCCAUAUCUUACUGCAAAAUGGAAAGAGUUUGUCCGAAUUAGAAACUGACCUUAAAGUUUUCAAAGAGACAAUAUUGGAAAUCCUAGAUGACAAAGAAGUCAUGGAAGAACUGUGUCUGACUAAAUGGACGGAUCCAGAAGUAUUUGAGGCAAGUCUCUCUGGAAUUGACCAUGUGGAGGAGAUGGAACUGCUAUUGGAAAAUUACUACAGGCAGGCAGAAGAUCUUAUGAAUGAAACCCGGGAACUUAAAAUACUGAUUGAUGAUUCUGAAAGUAUCAUCUUUAUCAACUUAGACAGCCACCGUAAUGUUAUGAUGAGGUUAAACUUGCAGCUGACCAUGGGUACUUUUUCAAUCUCACUUUUUGGAUUGAUGGGAGUAGCAUUUGGUAUGAAUUUGGAAUCAUCAUUUGAAGAGAACCAUGGAAUGUUUUGGCUGGUGACAGGAAUUAUGUUCCUAGGCAGUGGCUUAAUUUGGCGGCGCCUGCUUACGUUUCUUGGGCGGCAUCUAGAACCAUCAAUGCUUCCACCAAUGCCGUCUUUAUUGAAAAAAACACAGUCAGCCAAUGGAAAAGUAGAGUUUAAGAAUGUUUUCAAAACAGAAUCCUUUGAGUCAAGCAGAAGUACAAUGACCAGCCAAUGACAUGAAUACUCCAGGAUAACUUGAAUUUGAGACUAUCAUCCUGGAUUUACUUUUUCAAAAAAAAAAGUAGCAGCCUUUACCAUUUGACUGUGUUAUAUCCCAAAAAUACAAAGUUAAAAAUCUUCAAUUAUGGAGAGAAGACUUCAGAGUUUUGAAUACCACAGUAGAAAAUUUAAAUCAUGCCCUUUUUUCCUCUAAUAAUGCCUUCUGUGGGAAUUCUGAUAAAAUUUAACCUUUUGCCAAUAUAAGAAAAAUGUGUCUACCCGAAUAAUAGUUUCACACAUAUUCCUUCAUAGGUAUAGUUCAUAAAAUGCAAAAAGUGUUGUCUAAAUUAUUUCUAAAGAGUGAGAUAUAUUUAUAUAAAAAUAGUGUUAUCUCUGAUAACAGAUUCUUUUUUGAAAAUAAUAUACCAUAAUAUUAAUUUCAUGUUGUAUUGUUUAGAUUUAGUAUUUUGUAAAGAUACUGUUUUAUUGCUCUCUCUUCAGUUAAUGGAUUUCAAAAGGUAAAAAGCUUAUUUUACUCAAUUUUAUAUUCCUGUCAUAAUUACCAAAAAUAGAGUUACUAGUACUGUUUUAGGAGAAAGCUCCUUUUUAAGGAGGCUUUGUUUGCUUGUGAAGCUUCUUUAAAAAGGAGCUCAUGAGAGAAGUACUAUUUGCUUGCAGAAGGUUGCCAUGAGGCAGGCAGCCUUUGUCAGAAAGCUGAGAUUCACAUUGCAUCACAUCAGCCAGGCUCUUCUACAAAAACAGAAAGGUAAUUUGGGUGCUUGCUGAGCCCUGGAGCUGGGAGAGGAGCAGGCCGAGUCCUGCAAGUCCCUUGGGCGGCCAGAUGGGAAGUAGGCCUUGGCUUACAGGCUGCAAUUGCCCUAUCACUUCUACAGACCAUCUUCAGGCUCCUUUGGAUAGCUGAAUAGCCACUUGGAAGCAGGCCGAUGCCUGGAGAAAUUCCAAGGGGCAGACCCUGGGUUGGCUGGAUGGGAAGUAGGCCUCAGCCUAGAGCAAGAGGGGGCAAUUAAUUUUCUCAAAGAACAUGAGAAACGGACUCUUGUGGAGGGGUGUUGCUGCAACUGUCACAACCAUGUCGCUGCCACUGCGCCAACACCACCGCCACACUGACACUUUUUCCCCAAUGUGGGGCAAAUGGGUUGUAAAAUGCCCAUGUCUGGCCUAGAGACUAGCUGCCUGGAUGUACGAGUCACUUUUUCUGACCAGCGUUAGGCUCCCUUGCAUGGCUGAAUAAGCCAGCUUGGAAGCAUGUAAUGGCCUAUGGGAAUAUUGAGGGGAAGGGAGCAGAGCACCAAGUGUCUGGUAGGCCUGUGGUAGGUGGCCUUGAUCUAUGUUAAGCCACCAAGUGCUUUCCAGAUUCCCAAGGCACCCCAUGCUCCUCUUAAUGACCUGUACAUUCAUUUUAUGAUUGCAUUAGGGAGAGCAGGAAUAGGGUUCAUGAAGUGAGACACUCAAUGGCUGUCAUGACAUGCCACCAUGAUGGGCAGGUUCCAUUAUGGUCAGUUUAAAGCUACCUGUACUUUUAUCUCAGUGCAGCAUCAGUCUCAUGACAACAAUUGUAAUAUGAAGUCAGAGCUAUGAUUUUAGUCAAGAGUGGUUCCAAAAUGCUACUCAGUCAGAAAAACAGUACUUGCUGCUUGCACUGCAUCAAAGGCAAACUAAUAAUUCAGUCGUUAUCUAGAUCAUUUAACUUAAGAUAGAACAUUAAUUAAUUAUCCUAAAUAGUAUCAAGAAAAUCAGAUUCAUGGUAGGCAAAAUUGGGAAUAAGUAUAACAGGAUCCAAUCUGGGUUGGUCACCAGGACUAGAGGUUUAGUCUUCCAAUCUUUUGGACUCGUGCGGAAGCCUAUCCUCAGGGAACUUCUCUUCACCAGAAUGUGUGAAUAGGGUCCAGAAUGAGUUCGAAAGCUGGAAAAACUAAGCCACUAGUCCUGGUGACCGACCCAGAUUGGAUCCUACAAAAUUAUCCUAGGACACAUAAUUUGUCUUCACUUAUUGUCCAUAGUGACUAACAACAACAACUCUGAAUUUUGAGUACAGUUUUCUUCUAUUGCCAUCUGUUACUUUUCUUCUGUAGCCAUCUGUUAUUUGAUCCUUUUAACUAGAAGUGUUAGGGAUCAAACCUAGGCCUUUCCGUACAUGAGCUAUACAAAUUACUUAACGGCGUAGUUGGAAUAUUGAGCCAGCUUCUUAAAUUUACUGAAUUUAUCAAAUACUGGUUCUCUAAUGUUAGAAAGGUCCAUGCAUUGCAUAGAGAAUAUAUAAACUCCUGUUACUGGACUAGUUUGGACUAGAAAUAUACUAGGUAACUAUUUGUUCUGAAGGAAAAAUACUUUAAUACCUGGCAUUGUCUCCAUGUCAUCGUGUCAAUAUGCUUGGCCAUGAAUCAUCUAAUAUCUAGGAUCCAAUCGUCAACAACUGAGCAAGAUAGCAAACUUAAGUUUGAUGCAAUGAAAGUCAAAUGAGUUAUCGGUAAUAAAAAUAUUGAUUUCUUUAAAUAGCUGUUACCUUGAGACAGAUUCUCGUAAAGGUCACAAAGUUCUGGAACCUCAACUCAUGUUCUUUAUAGAAGUAUUGUUAUGCUACUUAAUAAUGUAUAAAGUUAUAAUAAUAGAGAUAAAGAGAAAAUCUAUUUUAUUGAUGCUGGUUUUGUAUAAUUCACAUUUACGAUUCUUGGCUUUGUUCUCCAAUAUAUUAAAUCCAAGUCUGUUGGAAUAUUUUUUUUUUUAAAAAGUAAGACUAUACCUGCUGUCAUGCAACUGUUAAAUAGCUAAUGGCCAAAAGCUGCAAAAGAUUUAGAAAAACUUCCCCUCAUUAUUCCAUUUAACAUGAACAUCUUUAAAAAAUUACUAAUUUUAAGAAGCAUGAUUAACUUCUUAAAAGGUUUAGUAUUGUUCAUAUACUAAGUCAGGAGCAGGUUUGUUAUGCUGUUCUGCUUUCAGGAAUUACUGGUGCACAAAACUUGGGAUUACUUCAUUGAAGAGAUUCUUUGAAACACAGAAUGAUAAUCAGAAGGUGUAAAGAAAAAGCCUUCCACUAAGUCGGGCUUUAGUUGAACUUCUUUCAGCAGCUACGAUAACUUCGCUCUGUCAAGGCAGAAAACAGCUAUUAAUACUGCAUCCUAGGGGGGAAAGUGUAUCCUGAAAUUUUUGUGACAGGAUUAUUUUGUCGACUGGAAAAUGACAGCCAGAAUUUUCAGCUGACAUGGCCUUCAUCUAGGAAUUGGGGAAAUUAUACUUUCCACGCAUGUGGAGGGCACUAAAUUAGUUGCCAGUUUGGUCUAGUGAUUAAGGCAAUUGACUAGAGACCUAGUCCUGCUUUAGGCAUAAAGCCAGAUGAGUGAUUUUGGGCCAGUCAAUCUGUCUCAGAGUUAGGAAAUGGGCAAUGGCAAACCAUUUCUGAAAAACCUUGCCAAGAAAACUGCAGGGAUUUGUCCAGGCAGUCAUCCAAGAAUCAGACAUCAUUGAACGGAAAACAAAAAAGUCAGAUUGGAAAGCUACCAUUAAAUGCUGAAUGAUCAGGAAAAAAAGAUGUAGCAAGCAUGGAGUUUUCCACAAAUGAUUUUGGUUUUCUGUGGGUUAAAAGUCAAUUCAGUACAUUUUCUUUAUAAUGAUUUACAAUCUGGGCUUGUUUUCCAUUGAGAGGAAAAACCAGUACUACUUGUUUUAAUUACCUUUUCUCCAGUUUUUAUUGUGAGAAGAGCACUCCCAAAUCUUGAUUUUUCCUGCAAUGAGAAUAGAUAGCCAUCAAUGACAUACUCUGUAAUUAAGGUGUUCACUACUGCUCCUGCCAAAUUGCUACAACAGCAGUACUGGAAUACAAUAUCUAUUGAGCAAACGGCUUCAGGUUACCAAAUGGAUGAAGAUACAUGUUAUAACACUGACGUUGGCGCAUAACAAUGCAAAUGUUAAACUAAUCUUUAAAACCACCAGAAAGUAAUCUGUUCCCUGGCAAUGAUCUUUCUCUUGACAACCUGCUAGGUAGAUUAAAAGACAUGACUUAUUGGGCUGUUGGCUGUGCCUAGCUUCAAUUCUCCAAAAGCCACUGUCCUCGAUCAAAAUAAGAUGAAAACGGUGAGCCGUAACUUAAUAUAGCUUAUUUUCUUCAGCUUCACAACUUAUAUGGAAUUAGUGAGACAGGAAGACGAGCCUCAAAUUGCUGCUGCAAAAGUUUACUUCCCUGGGAGAAAAAGAGGAUGGUGGAAUGCUGGAUUCAUCUUCAGUAGAAUUUACUGUGCAAUCUUUCUGAUGUUUGACAAUAAAAAAUUGUAACUAUACCAAGUC